CGGCGAAUAUGUCGAAGCCCAACAAUGGCUGCGGGCAGCAACGCUCAUGGAUUCCGCCUCCGGCGUCCUCCCCCGUGCGCAGCCCGCACGCGGAGGUAGUUCGGCGGAAGGCCACCUCCUCCGCCGACAUGGAUGCGGAGUGGGACGCCGAUUUUGUGCGCACUGGCGGAUCAUGCGCGGAAGAGGAAGGCACGCGCGUGGAAGGGGAGGUUACGCGCAGAGGAGAGCCAAAUGCGGGGACUCCGCGGGGCAGGGAAACCGCUUCCCUGACGGUAGUGCCGGCGGGCGCCAACGCCGCGUCGAGCGCUGGCGGAAAGUUUCUCCGCUUCCUGCGUCGGGGAGGAACCGGCAGCGCAUGCGAUAAACACGGCAGCUCCGCCACAAGCGCCACCAUUCUGCCAGCACGCGCCCGUGGACCAGGCGGAUCCGCGACGAGCAGCCCGCCUGCGCGCACUUCCGCUGACCUCUUCCGCUUCCGCCGCUCGCGGGUUGAGGGGAUGACGUCCCAGGGGCGCUCCCACGAGGUUGGCGAAAAAAGUGGGGAUGAGUCGAGUAACGUUACCACUGCCAGGUCCCAGCCUCUCAGGUCCGAGCCUGUCAGAUCCGAGCCUGCCAGGUCCGAGUUAAGAGCUGGAUCUACUGCGCCUGGAGAAGCGCGAGGAGGAGAACGGGGAAGGGGAGGAGGAGGUGGUGGAGAGAGAGGGGGGGGUGGAGGAGGAGGAGGCCGAGGAGGCGGAAGAGGAGGAGGAGGAGGAGGAGGAGGAGGAGGAGGAGGAGGAGGAGGAGGAGGAGGAGGAGGAGGAGGAGGAGGAGGAGGAGGAGGAGGAGGAGGAGGAAGAGGAGGAACGAAAGUGGUCGACGCGGUAGACACAAGAUCAAUGGUUACUAUGGACUCCGCACCUACUACAUCUACUGCAACAACUACAAUUACUUCCACUGCCACUGCGGUGACUGCUGCUUUUGAGACAACUCAAAAGCCUACUAGUAGUGCUGCCACAACUAGACCUGCAAAUGCUCCCACUGCCGCCGCACUGGCUGCUGCUAGCAGCAGCAGUCACGUGUCAGAUUCCGGAAUCUUCACAGCAGCUCGAGUGCCCCGUUCUCCAAAAGCACCGCCCCCUAAGAAAGGAUCCCAGUCCUCUUCCGCCCCAUCUCCCCCUGAUUCUUUCCCCACAAAGCCCCCCCUUUCUUCCCCCCCAGCUCUCCCCCCUACUUCCCCCACAAACCCCCCCGCUUCUUCCGCCCCACCCCAUCCGUCCGGCCCUCGGCGCCUGAUCCGUUCCGCCACGGCACCCCCCCUUGAGGUGCAGAGGAAUUCUUUGCGCAGUGGCAGCAGCAGCGGCAGUGGCAGCGGCAGCGGCAGCGGCAGCAGGAGCACAGGUCCCUUCCCCCCUACUGCUGGCACCAGAAACAGCAGCAGCAGUAGCAGCAGCCAGGUUGGUAUGAUGAAAACCCUGCAGCAACCCCGAAACCCUGUGCCAGCGCCACAGCCAGGGGAACGCAGUGGUAGGGUGCCCCUGCCACGCCCUCUGCCCCUGGUACUUCCCCUGGCAACCUCUACUACCCUCCAACCUGAGCCACCCUCAGAGCCUCGAAGUGCCACCCCAUCUCCCCGGAGAGGCAAGCACCUGCACUUAGUGAUGCCGCAGGCUCGCAGCGACCACCCCUCGGUUUGUGGGGCCAGCCUCCUCCGCUCCUCCUCUCUCCCGCACCUCCCCACUCCGCCUCGGUCCCCUGCCUCUCCUUCCGCCUCCACUUCCUCUUUCCCCCUCAACGCCGCUCCUGGUUAUUGCGAUGCCAGCGAUGGUAACAGCAACAGCAAGGGCAACAGCAAGGGCAACAGCAAGGGCAAUGCCGAUCAAAAUGUCAAUGAUCAUGUGAAUUCUGAGUCGAUUCAGGAGUCGCCUUGGAAGGGUGAUGGGGAUGGUAGUAGCGGCGAGGAUGUGGCAGCGGUUUUGGCACGGCCAGCACAGCGAAAAGCUGCAAAUAGGCACGUUCCUGCCCACCAGCUAGUACCAUCUGCGCACCACUCUGCACCGUCGGCGGAAGCUCAGCUUGUGGCGGAAAUUACCCGCAGACUGGACAGCUGGGGGGAGAAAAUCGGGGGGAGCGGUGGGAAGAAGAUGAGAGGGAGCGCAGGGGAGAAAAUUGGAGGGAGCGAGGGGGAGAAGAUUGGGGAAAGGGGGGGGGAGAAGAUCAGGGGAAGGGGGGGGGAGAAGAUUGGGGGAAGCGGGGGGGAGAAGUUUGGGGAACGUGGGGGGGAAAAGAUUGGGGAACGUUGGGGGGAAAAGAUUGGGGAAUGUGGGGUGGAGAAAUUUGGGGGGAGAGGAGGACCAGCAGCUUCCCCAGCUGGUGCUUCUGUUCAUGUCCCCGUCCCCAUAAAGAAGCUCUCGUUACAGGUACAAAAGCGGCUGGCGCACCUGCAGGUGUCUUUCGACGGCUCCUCUUCUGACGCUGACUCUGAUCAAGAGGGUGCUUAUGCUGCAGGGAUUGAUGGCGAAAAUGCGUACAGUGAGCGGGGAGUAGGGCGUGACCGUGCAUGGGAGAUAGACCCACUAGCUGUGGCGGCAGCAUUAAAAGGGAAAUUGAAGACUGUGGCUGACCAAGAUGCUCCAGUGUCCUCAUCACCAAUCUCACCGCCACUCUCCUCCCCUCACUACCCUCACCCCACCGCACCUCACUUGGCCUCUCUUGAACCUACUACCCUCGCCCCGCCAUCCUCCCCCCGUGCCCCAGUCUCUUCCCCUUCUGCCUCUCCUUCCCGCCAGCGCAAGCCCGUGCCCAAGAUAUUCUCCCUUUCCCGCCGCUCUCCCCGCAUUACGGCGGGUUUUGAGUCGUCUCAACUCUUCCCCCUCCCGUCUACUCAUGAGACGAUUUUUGAGGAACCUCAAGAUGAUCCCCCCAGCUCUCCCCACAAAACCAAUCCCCACGAAACCGUUCCCCGUACACAAUCCAAGUCAUUUGCUGCCGUACCCCCAUCCCAUGACACACCAAGCUCCAGUGUCUCCUCCCGUCCGCCUCCCGUUUCUCCUUCCUCCCUCGACCAUUCCCCCACCUUCCCCUGCCCCGUCCUCUCCACCCACUCCCCCUCCGCCCAUUCCCCCGAUCUCCCCCCCUGUUGCCCUCCAAGCCCCCCCGCUCCCCCGCUUGCUCCCCCACGCUUUCCCCUUCCACAUCUUCCAAAUUCUCUCCCCGUGCUUCCCCUGUCUGCCCACCCACCACCAUUCCUACCCACUCUUCCUAUCAGAAACCCCCCCUUUCCCCACACCAUUCCCACAGCCGCUCUGUUUCUCUCGACUUGAGCCAACCCCGAACUACAAGUGUGCCUCGAACCCCAUCCUUGUCCAAAGGGGGAGUCAACUACUAUGCCCGCCCCUCCCCAUUUUCCCGUGACUCUGUCCCCUUCAAUGCAGCGCUUUCUGGGGCGCCUCGAGCGCUUAGAAAGUCUGUCUCAGAAUCCCCUCAUUCCUCGCUUAACGAAUAUGAGGCGCUCAAGAAAUCAGUCUCAACCCCGGCUCUUAACUCACCAAAAAACCCAUCCUUGCCCAAAGGAGUCUCUUACUAUGCAC